UUUGUGUUUUCAUGUUUUAAAAAUCCAAUCUGAGAUGAGAAUUUAGGAAUGACUGAGUCCACAACUCCCACUAUACUCUACUGAGUAAGAGUUGAGUUUAAAAACCUGCAUUUUCAACAAGUUGACAAGAACCCUAAUCCAGAAGUUUCUCUUUUGAGGUUGUGUGUUUGAGCUACUUAUAGAAAUAGACUUUAUUUUUUUAGAGUAGUUUCAUCUUCAUAACAAAACAUAAAAUGGCCCCCACGCAUGCACAGCCUCCCCUGUUGUCAACACCCCCCACCAGAGUGGUCCACCUGUUAUGUUCAGUGAUGCUACCCAGGCACAUCCUUAGCACCCAAAGUCCACAGUUACAUUAGUGUUCACUCUCGGUGUUGUACAUUCUAUGCCCUAAAAAUCCUCUGUUCUCUGCCUAUUCACCCUUCCCUCUGCCCCAACCCCUGGCAACCACUGAUCUUGCCUAAGUUCUCAUUUCACUCUAUCACUUAAUAGCUCCAUGACCUGGGUACAUGAUUAAUUCACCUAAGCCCCGCUUCCUCAAAUGCAUAAUUAGAAUGCAGAAUGGUUCCUUAUUUUUGUGGUUCCUUAUUUUUGUAUGAAAAUUAAAUAAAACAAUGUAUUAAAACCUCCCUUCAGUCCCUAACAGAGAAUACACAUCAACAAAAUGUUAGUUUCCCAUUCCUUCCCCCCACCCCCUUCUCUUAAUAAUCGGAAAUCAAGUUUUGCUGAGAAAAGGCAAAGGGAUGUUCCCUUGUGACAGGGUGUAUCACCAGAAAUCUAAGCAGGGGAGGACACAAGAGGUUACUGCCUCCCAAACCCUCUCUCUCCAACUUGGAAAGUCCCUCCCUUUCUGCUUCCUCUCAGGAGGGUUCCCAUCCAUACAUUAUCUGUCUUCUCCAUCCAACACCUCUGACCUACAUCUGACAAACACACAGGUGUGUGUUUUAGUUUUGAACUUUUUAAGACUUCUCAAAUUAAAUAUUAUAAAUAUUACAUACUUAUCUUCCAUAUUUGUUUGCUGUUUUGUUUUCUCAUGCUUCCUUCUUGCAUAGAAAACUCUCCUGCAAUCAUUUUUUCUUCUGGACGCACAUCUUUAAAAAUUCCUUUAGUGGAGGUCUCUUGGGGGUAAACUCUCUCAGUCUCUGUUUAUCUGUCUUUCUCUCACUUUGGUUCUUGAAAGACGGUUUUGUUGGGAACAUGAGAGAAGUCACUGGAUUAAGACCCAGUCAUGACAAAACCCUUCCCCAGCCCUGUGAAGACAUGAGUUCACUCCCCAAACCGACACACCAAUCUCCAUUCCCCUCAAAUCCUCUUGUAUCUUCCAGAGCAGAGCAUCUUAACUCUUCCAGCUUUAUUGUCCCCUUCACUGGAGAACUCAGAGACCUAAAGAACAAGGCAGGGAGUAUUUGGUGGUAGAACAGCGCUCUAAGAAGGAGCACCUGAAUUUCUUCUCUCAUCUACAUGAUGGUCGGGUUCCUCUCAUCCCUGGGCAGCUUCUUGGUGACAGGAAGCGUUGGUCUUCCCUCUUUGUUUGGAAGCAUCCAUCCGGCCUUCUAGGGUCUGAUCAUCAGGCCCCCGAAUCCACAUCAUUCUCUCUCCCGGAAGGCCUUGCAGCCUCAUGCCAAGUCAGCACCCCCGCCCCCCACACCGCCUUCCCAUUCUGCCCCAAAAGUUCUGUGGGGCAGAACGGGGCUGCAAGUAACUCCCGGUUCACAAGGACCCUGACUCCCAUGGGCAGGUUUGAAGGGCCAGAACCUUCCAGCCUGGAAAGCACAGAGUCAUCACCAGCCCCUCCACCCAGACGCCACCCCGUAGCCAGCACGCAACCUGGGACAAUUCCGGGUCCCCUUCCCUCCACCACUGAGUCCAGUUCCUCUCUAUCAGCUUCUGCACUUGCCGGGGGCGUAAGUGCGGAUAGCUGCUGGUUCAUGGGUGCCCGCUGUUAGGAUCAGGAAGAGAAGGGCUUGUUCCUACUAGUUCUGGUUCAGAGAGUCCCAGGAAAACCGCUGUCCAGGCUUCACUCUGAGGGCCCAUCUUUGGGGGGUGAGGGGCCCUGAUUGGCUUUGUUAGGUGUUCAGCCAAGCUCCGUGGCCUGGGGAUCAGCAGAGACAUCAGCAGGAGAAAGGUACACUGGACAGGCCCAAAAAGAAAGACCCCAUGCAAUCUUAUCUGGGUGGUACACCAAAACAAACUACUUCUUCUCUUCAUUUACUCAACCAUUCCUCCAUCCCUCCAUCCAUCCUCUUACUGAACAGUUACUCAGCAUCAACAGUUCGCCGGGUAGUACCUACCAUACCCGUGGCAGAACAGUAAGCAGUUCUAGAAUCAGCUUCUGCCCUGCUGGACAGGCCAGUGGGGAGGGAGGGGAAGUUGAUGUGUAAGCUAUCAGAUCCACAGCCACAUUCCCAUGCCUGGAGAUCAGAGAGGAAGUGGUGGGUGGGAACAGGGGCUGAGGGCUUACAGCAGGACCUUGGCCCCCAGAAGCUUCACUUGAACACUGGUGGGGAUGGAGUCAGGCUGGCCCAGCUGUGUGUGCAGCUGGGAUUCACAGGCACAGACCCAUCCAGAAGAUGUUUGGAGAGCUCCCUGGGCAUGAGGCGCACACACACACGCACACACACCACAACCACUACCCCCGCCUAGCCCCUUAUGGCAAGGAAGGCCCCAGCAAUUUCCUUUGGCCUUCUGCUGUCUUGCAUUUCUCUCGCAAGGGUCUCCUGGGCAUGUAGCUUCUAAGAAUCCUUCUCUUGCCCCUGCUCUGUGGGCUUCCUCUCACUCAUAAAGACUUCACUCUCUCCUAGGGAUGUGACCUUGGCAAGUCAAUCACUCUGUGCCUCGGUUUCCACAUUGGAGGCCCUCAGCUGUUCCCAGUGAGCCUGUGGAUGCCACUCGAGAUGUCCCCUUUUGGCUGCUGGGGCCUGCCUGCCGCCCUUCUUGCCCUGUUCUGCUGCCCAGGGUCUGGUGAGGGGUUCGAGGUGCACAUGUAUCCGGAGCAGCUUGUGGUGGAGCCUGGAGGGUCAAAGUUGAUCAACUGUAGUACCAGCUGCGCCCAGCCGCAGACCGGUGGCCUGGAGACCGCCCUAACCAAGACCCUGCUGGAGUCGGGAGCUCAGUGGAAGCAGUACUUGGUCUCCAACAUCUCCCAGGACACAGUCAUCCACUGCUACUUCACCUGCUUCGGGAAUCAGAAGUUAAAGAGUCUCAACAUCAGCGUGUUCUACCCUCCAAAGCAAGUGCUGCUGAAGCUGCAGCCCGCGUGGGUGGCUGUGGGGAGAUCCUUCACCGUCGAGUGCCACGUGCCGGCUGUGAAACCCCUCGAGAGCCUCACUCUCACCCUGCUCCGUGGCCAGGAGGCCCUGUGCAACAAGACCUUUGCGAGGGGAGACAGUGGCACCCGAGGGGCCACGGCCACACACAACAGCACGGCUCACAGGGAAGACGGCCACCACAACUUCUCGUGCCACGCCCGCCUAGAUCUGCGGUCUCUCGGCGGCGGCAUCGUUCACCGUGUCUCCGAGCCCCAGAUGCUCAAGGUCUAUGAGCCCAGGCCAGACAACCAGAUGGUCGUCAUCAUCUCUGUCGUGUCGGUGCUGCUGUUCUUGUUUGUGACAUCCAUCCUCCUGUGCUUUGUCUUGGGCCAACACUGGCGCCAGAGGCGGAUGGGCGCUUACGGGGUACAGGAUGCUUAAGCAGGGCCGAAGUCGGGCCGACUGGGCACAGCCUACAUGAGUGGCACGGCCACCAGCGCCGCAGCCCCUGGAACUCAGCACGACUCCUCGGGAUCGUGGUCCAGCCCUGACUACAGGACUGUAACAAGCAGCCGAGGACAUCGGGGUCAUUUCCUUUUCUAGUCUGCAUAUAAACAUCUGGACUUAA